AUGUCCACUCCCACUCGAUUUCACAUGUUCCUACCGAAUUAUAUACUUGAAUUUGUAGUUUGUGAUGAAACUAGUUCUAAGAUUGAUCCUGACUUAUUCCUCAGCAAAGCCACUACCUCCCAAAUUGUGGAGGUGAUUAUAUCGUUUUAUCCUCAUCUCCGUUUUACUGAAGAUGCGCAACAAGACCACGAACUUAUUUUGAAGAUUUUUGUCGAGAUGAUCGCUCCAAGACUAUCCAAUGUAAUCAUUCCGCUCAACCGCAAGACCGACUAUCUUCAAGCCGCGCUUCACACCCCGCUUCACGAUGCUCAACCCUUGAUCAGAUGGGUGACCUGUAGCGCCGAUAUCGAUACCAAACGGAUUCAGCACUUCGAAUUGUUUUGUCUUGCGAACCCCAAGAACCGUCAGUACCGCCUUGCGGCCGAAGAUAUUGAACAAUUCGUCAAGACGUACAAGUAUCUCAACCAAGCGGAGGUUAAUGAAAUCCUCAAUAUUCAAGAUGAUGCCGACGAGGCCCUCAACAAUGCUACUUCUUACCUCCGAGGGUCUCACGAGUCAAUUGAGAGCAUACAGCUUCUGCUACGGAACCCAAACCUUUCACCAGCCGAUUGCCAACACCUUGACGAGCGGUUAAGAUGUACAAAUGCUUUGUUGGUCUCCCAUCAGAAGAUGUUUGACGGGGCUAUUCUUGAUGUCGGAUUUGUUCAAGCAUUGGGCAAAUAUCAUAAGGAAAUCCUUGCCAAACAUACCGCUCGUGUUUCGAAUUAG